GUGGCGCGGGCGGAGGCGACGCGCCGCCUCUCCAGCACGAGUGACGCCGGCAUCAUGGCGACGAGCACAGACUGAGCUCGGCCACUAACCGCCUCCCUCACUCAGUCACUCUCCCUCCCUCCCUCCCUCCUGCUGCUGCAGUCCGAAGAAGCGUCCCCACACGAAACGUCGCUUGUUCAUUUCUCUCCACAAAUGCUGGCUUCCUCCAGCCGUUUGUUAUUUUGCUGCAGGUUCCAGCAUCUGCAGAGUCUCUCUCUCUCUCUACCGCUACCGCGCGCCCACUUGGCUCUAUUUGAUUUUGUUUUGGAUGCGGCUCUAACUACAAAUGGCUGAGGUGUCAUCGUCAGCAGCGGACACGGAGGCGGCAAAGCUGGGCGGCGAUGUGGAGCCCAAGUGGCCGGUCGCAGACGGUGCGGCUGCCGGGCCGGUGGAGCCGCUGGAGCCGCUGUGUCCACCAGCGAAGGCCGGGCCUGGCUGCAACCUCAGCUCGGCGGCUGCAGGGAGGCCAGUGCGCGUCUUAAAGAGGAACAUGAAGCGCAAUGCCAGCAGGAGUUGCCUUGGAAAGAAGAGUCAUUUGGGUUUACGCGAAAGAGAGUGGCUCAAAGCAGAUGUAAGGAGAGGUUGUGUGUACAUUCAUGGAAAGGAAAUGGUAUUGUCAAAUGCUUCUUCCACCUCUUCCUCUGGCACGUUACUACUAUCCACUUCCUCAUCAUUUGGCCCAGAUCUUCAGCUAGUACUCUGCAGCACUGAAACUACAACAGCAGAGCUGUGUACUCAGGACAGUGAUGAUUUGUACCUGCAGCUCCACGGUGAUUUCAUCAGGAGAUUGAAUCCCGAUGAGAGGCCUCUACAAAUCCUUUAUGAUUAUCUAUCGGGAUUAGGUUUCCAGGAUCCACUUCGGAUACAAGAGGAAAGUGCCAUUGCUGAUUUGAGUUGCAUGAUUAGAUACUUUCAUGGAAAGCCAAGUAGCAUAGAGCAACUGGAUCAAAUCCUUCUAUCCGGUGUGUUCAGUGUUCGAAAAGGAAAAACUCAUUUGCACAAAUGGUCAGAACGCCAAGUUAUUCUUUGUGGUACCUGUCUAAUCGUGUCUUCAGUAAAGGAUUGCCAGAUGGGAAAAAUGCAUGUACUUCCUCUCACAGGAGGCAAGGUUGAAGAAGUAAAAAGACGACAAUACUGCCUCAUGUUCAGCUCCGCUGGGCAACAAGGACAAACUUACUAUGUGACGUUUGACUCGUACCCAGAAUGUUUACGGUGGCACAGACAGGCUUCCAAGGUUGUUUCACAGCGAAUUGGUACAGUUGAUCUGUCGUGUUACAGCCUUGAGGAACUUCCUGAAUAUCUCUACUUCAGUCAAGACAUCACACAUCUUAAUCUACGGCAUAAUUUUAUGCAUGCUGAUACUGGACUCUGCCACCUUAACAGAUUUACCCAGCUGAAAAGCCUGAAUCUGUCCAAUAAUAAACUGACAACAUUUCCAACAUCCUUGUGCGAAAUUGGGACUCUUACUGAAGUCAAUCUCUCCUGUAACAAGAUACACAACAUUCCCAAAGAGAUUGGAAACCUGCAGAAUCUUCAGACUUUUAUUCUGGAUGGAAAUUGUCUUCAAACAUUGCCUGCGGAGUUGGGAAAUGUACAAGAGCUGAUGCAUCUUGGCUUGUCCUUCAAUGACUUCAAAGUGAUCCCAGAAGUGUGUACGAUUUUGACAGCCAUGGAAAAACUUAGCAUGGCUGGAAACCUUCUGGAGACAUUGACAUUGGAAACACUGGGGCAGAUGACUCACAUUAAACACCUAGAUCUGAGGUUGAAUUUAAUUGAGUCUCUGGUGAUCGACAGUCUAGAAGCUAUAAACCAUGUCACUUUCCUGGAUCUACGUGACAAUCUCUUGACUGAACUUGACUUAAGUUCUUUUGCAAGUAUUGAACAUCUACAUUGUGGACGUAACAACCUGUUCACCCUUACAAUAAGUGGGUUUUCUCUGAGGACAUUGUAUGUUGGCUCUAACCAGUUGACAACAUUGAGUGUAUAUCCACUUCCUGGUCAGCUGGUUCACAUUGAUCUCUCAAGGAACAAAUUGGAAGCUGUACCAGACUGGGUCUGUGAUGCCAAGAAACUUGAACUGCUGGAUGUUAGCCAUAACCUGAUUACGGAAUUACCUAUGAGGUUAUUGUGCAGCUUGAGCCUGCAGAAACUGUUGGUUGGACAUAACUAUCUUCACAGUCUGCCAAAUCAGUUGGAACACAUAGCUCUAGAGGUGUUCGAUGUACAACACAAUCAGCUACACGAGCUUCCAGACUGCCUUUUCCUUAAGGCUUUAAACUUGCGAUGUCUCAAUGUGUCAGCAAACAAUCUGGAAUCACUGCCUAUUGGCAGUGAUACUGAAGAGAGUCUCAGUAUUCUGCAAGAGCUUUAUUUAACAGGAAACAAGUUGACUGAUAAGUGUGUAUCAAUGCUAACUGGACACCCACGCCUUCGAGUUCUCCAUUUGGCAUACAACCAACUUCAGUCAUUCCCAGCCAGUAAGCUGUCGAAAUUCGAGUUACUGGAAGAACUGAACCUGAGUGGGAACAAAUUGAAGGCUGUUCCUACCACCAUUACCAAUUGCAAGCGAUUGCACACACUCAUUGUUCACUCCAACAGCAUUGCAGUCUUCCCAGAGAUCCUACACUUACCUGAGAUCAAGUUGGUUGACCUCAGUUGCAACGAGCUUACGGAGAUAAUGAUGCCUGAGACCCUUCCGGCCUCAUUGCAGGAACUGGACUUAGCUGGCAAUCUAAAUCUUGUUCUUGACCACAAGACAUUGGAAAUGUUCAGUCAUAUCACCACUCUGAAAAUUGAUCAGAAACCUCCUGCACCAUGUAAUGAUUCAGUUGGGAAUCCUACUAUAUGGAAUCAUGGCUAUUCUGAAAUGGCGGGACAUAGAAAUAAACUCUGUCUUUCAGUUCUUGCCCUGGAUAGCUUUGGAGAUAAUCCAGAAGCAUUGUACGGUAUAUUCGACGGAGACAAGAACAUGGAAAUUCCUCGUUUAUUGCAAUGUACUGUGGGAGAUGUACUGGCAGAAGAAUUGCAGCAGUCGUGCAUAAGCACUGUAUACAUGACCCACACAUUCCUUGUCUCACACAGAAAACUGGGAAUGGUGGGACAGAAGUUGGGUUCUUCAACUGUGUUGUGUCACAUUCGCCGUGAUCCCAUUGACCACAGCAGCUACUUCACUCUUACCGUGGCAAAUGUGGGCAAUAGCCAAGUGGUGUUGUGCAGAGAUGGACAGCCAUUGUCGCUUUCAAAGUUGUUCAGCCUUGAACAGUGCGCUGAGGAGCUGGCAAGAGUGAAACAACAAAAAGCCAUUAUAACUGAGGACAAUAAAGUGAAUGGUGUUACUUCUUGUACACGUCUUUUGGGCUGCACCUACCUCUUCCCAUGGGUCCUACCCAGACCUCACGUCCGCACCAUAUCACUCACUGCUCAGGAUGAAUACCUAAUCUUGGGAAACAAGGCACUGUGGGAAAAUCUGUCGUAUGCUGAGGCAAUAGAAGCUGUUAGGACUGUGCCUGAUCCUCUAGCUGCAGCAAAAAAACUUUGCACCCUUGCUCAGGCCAAUGGCUGCCAUGACAAUAUUGGUGCUGUAGUUGUAUACUUAAGUAUUGGAGAUGGCAGCUGUACUUGUGAAAUACAGGGAGUUCCAUUAACUAGUCCAACUGUAUUUGCUCCUAUCAACAUGCCAGUAAAAGAUGGUGCACAUGUUUCUGGCACCCCAUCAUCCAGUAGUGGCAUAGCAUCUGAAUUCAACAGUGAGAUGUCUGCUUCUGAAGUGAGCAGUGAAGUGGGGUCUACAGCAUCAGAUGAACAGCCAGCCACAAGCCUAGAAGCUGCUACAAUCCUUCGUGCCGAGCGUCGCUGCAGCCUCCAUCCAAGUCCUUCCGCCAGUGUUUUCCAACGACAGCUAUCCAGUGCGACGUUUUCCAGCAAUCAUUCGGAUAAUGGCCUUGAUAGUGAUGAUGACCAACCAGUAGAGGGAGUAUUCUCUAAUGGUAGUAAACUGGAAGUUGAGGUAGAUAUACAUUGUGUCCAUUUCCAAGUUCCUGGGAACACCAAUAUUUCACAAGUUCAUGACGAGGGAUUGUUUGUCAGCAUGUCUGGGGAUGACAUUGCACUGUCUUAUUUAAAGGAACAGAAACAAAAUGGUGUAAACAGCCAGCCAUUUUUAACAAUUAGCAAGGAAGGAGGUGAUCUAAAGAAGUCUUUGUCUGCAACAAACCUACAGGGUAAGAAAUUUCCAAAUGGAUCUGUGGUCCCUCUUGAAAAAAGCCACAACAUUAUUGAAGUGGCUACAGAGGCACCAAAGAAGAAAUAUGGAUACUUUGCAGCACCUGCACAAGCAGACCCAGAGGACCAGUUAGUUGUGCCACCACACCUAGAAGAGGAAGUGAAGGAACAAAUGAAACAGCAUCAAGAUCCUAUUUCAGAAGCUGAAUCUGAAAGGGACCCUAGAUUUACUCAACAGGAGGUUUAUGACACAGCAUUGUAAUACAGUAUUCCUUCAAUGAAACUUCACUGACAGUGUCAAAAUAAGGGUUAAGACCAUAUUAGAAAUUUAUUGUACAAAAUAUAACAAAAUAUUUACAAUCAUCUCUAAAUAUUAUUUAAAUUGUACAUAAAAGAUGCUUCAGCAUAUGUCAAAAACCAAAUCUAUUGUGUAUGUGACUAUUGACCUAUUGCGAUUGUUAAUCUUCUGAUGGUUUGAGGUUUACAUUUUCAAUUAAAGCUGCAAUAUCCUUCUGAA